GCAAGUUUUGUCAUCGUUGGUACCAGUUGUUUACUAAAAUUUUCACGUAAAUAAUAUCGUCCGAGCUUGGUAUACGAGCCUACUAGGGUUUAUUGUUGCCUUCUUCGGAAUUAGAUUUUUCAUUCAACAACAGGAAACGUCAGUGAUUGGUGGUGUUUUGUAGUGAAUGAACAGAUAUUUGCAGUAUAAUAAAUCAGUGCACGUUCCAUCAAGUGUAAUGGACUAAAAAAUUAUUAGUGACGAGUUUUGUACUAGUAUAAGAACUAUUAACCACAAGGCAGUGGACAGAAGUGAACUAUUUUGAAACAGCCAAUUAAUGAGUAAUGCAAAUUUGAACAGAUAAAAUAAUUAUGCACGAGUAUAAAAAGUACAGCAAACUUUUUGCUGGUGGCGGAUUGGUGUCACUCUGUAGUAUUGUCGGUUACGAAGUUUAUCGUACGUAUUCGGCAUUGAACAGUUUGGUUGACACUCGGGUGUUGGAUAUUGACAGAAAGCGUCCGGAUUACAUUUACAUCAAGCAUCACAUUUAUCGUCAAUCGCUGCAGGAAGAACUCGAGCAGGCACGACAGAACAGCAAACUGGUUAAUAUUGUUGUGCAACCCUUCGGCAAGUGGUGGAAGGUUUUGAAGCAUUCGGUUGCCUGGCGGUUGCUCCGGAUAGCCCAGGAAGGCGACCAGAACGAUCGACUGAAGGCAGUCAAACAGUUGGCUUUGAUUGACCAUUUGAAAGGGAGCUCCAUUCGAGAUUGGGACUUCCAGCAUUUGGCUCAGUUGUGCGACGCUCAGACUGCAGUCUCUCUAGCGCGUUCGAACUGCGAUUCUCGUUGGUUUCUACCGCCCCGGCAAUAUGGCGUGGAGAAGGAAAUCCGGGAGGUACUAUCCGACAUCAAGAGCCUGAUCGAGAAGCUAAUUCCGGACCGGUGUGCUGUGUACGUAUUGGAGCAUACGUUCGCUGCAAAUCAAAUCAAAGAACCAGUUGGUGAUGAUGGAAUCGAUUAUCGGCUGAGUUUGUCCCGUUACGAGCAUGAGCUGCUGAAACAGGCGCUCAGUGCAAUGGUCCAUUUGACUGUGACUGCAGAGAACUGUCGGAAGAUUAUUGCCGCCGGUGGUCUGCUGGCUCUAAUCGAAGCUGAGAAGCUGUUCAAGGAUAAUAUCGACGUGAAACUUAUCAUUUCGAGAAUCGUAGCAAAUUUGUCCGUUUGUGGAGAUUGCGCCUAUGACUUUUUUGCAAGUGGCUGGAUUAGUAUAUUGUCUCGCUGGCAGAAAGAUAUUGACAUGCGAAUGCAGGUUACUACCGAUCUGACCCUGUCAAAUCUGGAUCGGGAUGAUCCGAACUGUUUCAGUUACGAAUCAAACGUAUAUCCUCUCUAUCCCAAGGGACGCAGGAAACGCAGACCGGAUGUGGAUGUAAUUUUCAUUCAUGGUUUGCUAGGCGGUGUAUUUGUAACCUGGCGACAAAAGGAUCUUAAACCGCAGGCGGCCAGUCUCCUAGGUAAGAAACAUUCAUCCGUUAACUUAGUUGCAUCCGGUGCAAACGGUACUGCUAGUGACUAUCACGGACAUGGUGAUUGGAUGCGAGCGAACGUUUCGGCGUCUAGUGCGAUUGCAAAGCCCCAGACUGGUGGCGAAGUCUCACCACCAAAAUCAGCCCCAAUUGUACGACUAUUUAACUGGUCUGCCAAAAAGUCCUCCUUCGAUGAAGACGAGCCUCCAGUGGAUCGUGCAGAAGAGGGCAUCGCACCGUACAAAGAUGAACUGCUUACGUUACAGCCGACGCCGACCAAGCGGCAGGCUUCAAUCAGUGAUACUCCCACCAAAGAGCUUAUCCAGGCACUACAGGAAGACGAACCACUUAGUUCGGAAUGGUCGGUCGUAUUCCCCGAUCUGCCCCUGGUUGCAGAUGAAAAAUUCACCAGUCCCAGCGCCCUGAAAACCGAAAGUCGGUACAGUGUUUCCGGGGAUCAAUGGAUCGAAGAGUCACUUGGUGAUGAGGCCGAGCGGCGGUCCUUCUGCUGGCCAAUGGAGUGGCUGCCGAAGGAUUUCCCCAAUAUACGCGUCAUAGGGUUAAACUAUGACUCGUCCCUUUCCCAGUGGUCGGCGAGUGGAUGCCCUUGUGAGAAAUACGACGGAAAGUUGGAAAAACGCGCUACAGAGUUCCUUCGUAAGCUGGCCAAAUCGAACAUUGGUCAGGAUCGUCCUGUGGUUUGGGUUGGCCACUCGAUGGGUGGUUUACUGAUUAAAAGUAUUAUCGUUCAAGCUGCUGAAAGCGAUGAUCCGACCGUACAGAGAAUAGCUCAAAACUCACGUGCCAUUAUGUUCUUGGGUACUCCCCAUCGAGGCAGUGCGGUAGCCAAACUGAAACAGCACACAUCCGCGUUGGUCUGGCCAUCGGUCGAAGUUCGCGAGCUGGAAGAGAACUCGAAACAACUACUACACUUGAACAAGACAUUUCUCAAAACCCUCGGUACGCUUGGAAGGAAACCUGAGAUUGUAAGCAUUUGUGAAGGUCGACCCACGGUACUGACUUCGUUCAAGCUUGCUUUCCACAUUGUUCCGGAGACGUCCGCUCGGAUCGACGAGGGUGACUUCUAUCUGACCAGGGAGGAUCACUUGAAUCUCAGCAAACCGGUUUGCCGCCAAUCGUUCCUCUACCAGCGACUGAUCAGUGCCAUCUGGUGUGCGAUGCAAUCAGCUAAAAAUAACGACGCGAGUGAAGUGACGGAGGAGGACAGCGAGAAAAUUUCCGGCAGUAAGGGGCUCGACAGUGGAAAGAAAUCGAAUUCUGUGUUCAAUGAUGUGUACCGUCGAUUGCGACAAAUGGACAAGUUGUUUAAUAUAUUUCUCUAGAUGACAUUUCUGACACAAUAGUUCAAAUUUUGUUGUCUAGUGACAAUGAUGAUGGUAUUAUAUUUUAUAUUAUGUUAUUCAACGAGAGAGAUUAUUCUGUUAUACAUAUUUAUUGCUGUUCACCGACAAGAACUUUUACAAUACAAAAUUAAUAAAUUAGUGAUAAAAA